UCUCACUCUCCCUCUCUCUCCCUCCCUUAUCCAACUCCCUCUCUCUCUGCUUUUAGCCGCUACCUAUAAGCCGGCCAUAUUAGAGAGAUGGAAAUAAAGCCUCCUUAAUGUUGUAUAUGUCUUUGAAGUACAUCUGUGCAUUUUUUUGUUUUUAGCAUCUAACCACUCCUCCCUCAUUGUCCUCAGCCCCUCAAAUCACGCUGUCCCCUAGCCCACCCGACUAACAUCUCAGUCUCUGAAAAUGCACAGAGAUGCCUGGCUACCUCGCCCUGCCUUCAGUCUCACGGGGCUCAGUCUCUUUUUCUCUUUGGUGCCACCAGGGCAGAGCAUGGAGGUCACAGUACCUACCACCCUCCAUGUCCUCAAUGGCUCUGAUGCCCGCCUGCCCUGCACCUUCAACUCCUGCUACACAGUGAACCACAAGCAGUUCUCCCUGAACUGGACUUACCAGGAGUGCAGUAACUGCUCCGAGGAGAUGUUCCUCCAGUUCCGCAUGAAGAUCAUUAACCUGAAGCUGGAGAGGUUCCGCGACCGCGUGGAGUUCUCGGGGAACCCCAGCAAGUAUGACGUGUCGGUGACGCUGAGAAACGUGCAGAUGGAGGACGAGGGCAUCUACAACUGCUACAUCAUGAACCCGCCCGACCGCCACCGCGGCCACGGCAAGAUCUACCUGCAGAUCCUCAUGGAAGAGCCCCCCGAGCGGGACUCCACGGUGGCAGUGAUUGUGGGUGCGUCCGUGGGGGGCUUCCUGGCUGUGGUCAUCUUGGUGCUGGUGGUGGUCAAGUGCGUGAGGAGGAAAAAAGAGCAGAAGCUGAGCACGGACGACCUGAAGACGGAGGAAGAGGGCAAGACCGACGGCGAGGGCAACGCGGAGGACGGCCCCAAGUAACGGCAGCCGCCCUGCAGCCUCCCGCGUCCGUGUCCUCCCACUCUCCGCCCUGUACAGUGACCCUGCCUGCCCUCUCUUGGUGUGCUUCCCUUGACCCGAGACCCCCGGGGCCGGCCUGGAGCCUCCUGAACCUCACACUUCGUAUCCCCCGCCCUGCACCAAGAGCGACCACCUCUCUUCCAUCUGAGAAACCUGCCAUGGCAUCUGGGACGUUGGGCCCUGGGGAGGGGAGAGAAGGGGCUCCAGCCUGCCAGCCCCUGAGGGGUGGAGCAGGCGCAGGGGUGGGGGAGGAGGCCAGCUGUCCAGCCUGCCCAGGGCUUGGUCUGGUGGCGGCUUCAGAGAGGACCUGGCGGGGAGGGGAGGGCUGUCCUGUGCUGACCAGAGCAGCCUCACGAAGGCCUCGGGAGCGGCCUCACUGUGCUCCUCCAGCUGCUCCCAGUGCAGCCCCAUUGGGCUGGGGGUUGGGGAUGAGCUCCUAAAAUUUGGGGGUGGGGAGGCAUGCUAAGGGAUGACUGAGCAUUUCCAGGGCGCAGAAAGAAAUCCAGGGCCAGGGCCUUGGCCCAGGGAGCUUGUUCUGGCCUCGUUUCCAUUGCCAGCAGCCUCCUCUGGUGUCUGCUGCCUGCCAGUCCCUUGGGACUGUUGGCGAGGACAGUGCUGGGAGAACUGCUCCAGGUAGGGGUCACGUUCCACCAUAGGUACCACCAGCAGGAGGCCAGUUUCAAAGUCAGCUGAGGACGGGAGUGGUGGGGGCUGCAUGCAGACAGAGUUUGUGCAGACCACCCUCCCCAGUGGGUGUCCACCUCCUCCUGGGCGGGGCGCACAGUGGGGCAGCUCGCCUUAGGGCUUCCGUGUGGACUUUCCCAGCUGCCCUUGGUGGGGUUUCCAGCUGGCUGUGAGCUAGACAGCAGGGAAGGGAAGGCUGAGGCAAUGGCGAGGGGAGGCCUUGGAGCCCCUGAGAGCUGCAGCCAGCCCUGUUCCAUCUGCAGCCAUAUUCCACGUGCCCCUGCCCACAGCUCCCUAUGAGGGGACCAAAGUCGCAUUUGUGGGGAGCCAACUUUCACUGCCACCAUACUCACAUUCCAAGGGAACUGUUUAAGCCUGAGAGCAGGAGAAAGGCAGAAACAGAAACUGCUGACUCAGAGAAUACCACCUUGGAAGACUCUCAGAGAUCAACUAGCUAAGUCACUUAUACUACAGAGGGGGAAACUGAGGUUCCAACUGACAGAUACUGAGGGUCCUGCUUUCUUCUCUAGCUGCUCUGGCUCCAGUCUGAAUCAACAGAGCCAUAGUUUUCCCUGUGAGGGUUAGGGUGGGCUCGCCCAGCCCUGACCUCUCCCAGGAGCCUCUCGGGGCUGGGACAAGGAGGAGGGAGGGAGGGAGGGGGCGGGAGGGCCCCAGCAUGGCCUAGCCUUCUUAGCUCACCCGCACACCUGCCCCUGCUCAGGGAGUUAGGUGCCCAGGGCAAGGAAUAAGUUUGGGGAAAGGGGGUGGAAACAAGACUGUGACAGUCUCAGGGACCAAUCCUGCCUCUGCCCAUCAGAUGGCCAAUUUGGGGAGAGAGCAAUAGUGUAUGGGAGGUUCAGCUUAAUUCACUUCAGUUCAACAGUCAUUUAUUGAGCAUCUGCUAUGUGCCAGACACCAUGCUGGGUGCCGGGAUGCACACAAAGCCAUACUGAGUUGGAGACUGCCAGGUCAGCAAUAGGGAGUAGGGACCAAGAUUAAUUUUUUGGUGCAUCUAAUUCCACCUCUGCAGCCACUGCUUCCAGGGCUAGAGUUGGGGGUGGGGAAGGAAGAGCUUCUAGAGUCUUGGCCCUGGGAAGGGAGGAAAGAAGGAAGAUACAACAGGGAUGAGGGUGCAGAGGCCAGGCAGCGUGGCACGGGAGACUGGGGGAGAUGAGCACCCAGACUGAUAUCGCCUGGGUGAGGUGAGUCCAGCCCAUCUGGAAGUUCUAACUCAUCAGCUCAGUACCUAACUGCCAAUCAACACACUGCCAACCGGGGUAGGCUAAGCCACCAGGAUGCCUGGAGCCGGUGGACACUGCCCAUCCUCUGAGCUGACCAGCUGGGGGCCGAGAGGUGGGUGGUGGGCACCUCAUGCCGGCUGAGACCAAGGGUGGUUGUAUACAUUUCUGCA